UGUUUGGAAAAAUUAUAUCCCCUCGAAAAUAUGUCCUAAGAACUCUCUUAAUGAAUUUCACUCAAAGAUUCCCUUCAAGCUUUUACGGUAUUCAAAAAAUAAAUUUAAAGAAUAUUUUGCUCAUUUUUUUGUUUAGCCUCAUCCUACCCACAAUCCAAAUUAUGGAAGCCUAAUCCAACCAGGGCAACAUAGUUUCCAACAAUCUAUGCAGCCUCCUCCACCACAACAUUAUACGCAUUCACAGGGAAUAGGAUCAAGCUCAACACGAUCUUCAGUUGAUGAACACACGAGUUCUCAUAACGAAGAUUCGUCUGAUCUUCUGGCACAAUUUGAAGAUUAUUCCAAACAAAGCAGCUUGGAUGAUAUUUUUGAAAAAAACGUUGUAACAAGUCAACAUCCUUAAAGCCAAAAGCUGCGCGGUUAUACAGACAUAAAUAUGUUUAUGUUUUUUAAAUGCUUCAUGUUUGAUAUU